UUAGCAGCAACACGCUUCAUACGUCCUUGCCGUUGUGUCGUUCGUGCUAAUAUAGUAUACAUCAGUAGUCAAAAUGGCUUUUCCGGGACAUCCUUACGGCGCACCAGGAGGUGCACCAGUAGGUUAUUCAGCAGGUUUUCCAGGAGCUGCACCAGCAGGAUUUCCAGGAGGUGCACCAGUAGGUUAUUCAGCAGGUUUUCCAGGAGCUGCACCAGCAGGAUUUCCAGGAGGUGCACCAGUAGGUUAUUCAGGAGGUUUUCCAGGAGCUGCACCAGCAGGAUUUCCAGGAAGCUGUCCUCAAAUACACCCACAAGUUCAAAGCUGGUUUGCUAACGCGGACAUUGAUGGUAGUGGAAGAAUAUCAGCCUUUGAAUUGCACGGUUUCCUUAACCAUAUACGAAGUGGAAUGUUUUCUAUUGAAACAGCCCGUGCUUUAAUAGCAAAAUUUGGCCACGAAAACAAGAUAUCAGUUAACAUCUACGAAUCUCAAGCUCUUUUUGAUUAUAUCAAUGCUCGAUUGUUAAUCUUUAACGUGUAUGAUCAUUCUCAAUCAGGAUGCAUGAAUGGGGCAGAUUUAGGUGCAGCUUUUGCCCAAAUGGGUUAUACAUUGAGCUCAGAAUUUUUCGAAUUGGUCAUCUCAAGGGGCUAUGGUGACGACCAAGCAAUGGUCUCCAUCGACAACUUUAUCAUGUUAUUCUUGCAAAUAGAAAAAUUAACAGAUGAGUUUAAUAUGAGACAACCAAACAGCGCUGGACACAUCACCCUUGAUUAUGAAGACUUUCUAACAGUGAUCCUCAAAAGUGAUUUUUAAAACUAACUGAUUCGAAUGACUUUUUUUAAAUAUUAUUCAUAAACACUUUUUAUUAUAACUUU